AUGGACGUCGUCGUCGAGGUCUUCGACACCUUCCUCUUCGACCGGCUGUAUGCGACCCUCCUCCCUGCGUCAUACGCCCAAUACCCCCAGUAUGCGACGCCCAAGACGACGCCCAAUGGUACCUACUCAAGCAUGCGGGAGGUGCCUACACCAUACGCCAGUACCUAUCAGUAUCGGCCGGCGAGCGAGUACCUCAGCUUCCAACCCGGAGAGUAUGCAUACAUGAGCCGAUGGCCACGGGACAACAUAUUCAGACAAGCAGUGACUCUAUAUCUUAUUACAUGGAUCUUCGGCCUAGUGAUCUACUUCUUCUGCGCGACCUUCUCCUACCUCUUCAUCUUCGACAAAGCCACCUUCAACCACCCCAAAUACCUCAAGAACCAGAUGCGGAUGGAGAUCGCACAAUCCAUGGUCUCCAUGCCCAUAAUGGCUAUCUUCACCGUCCCCAUGUUCCUUCUCGAAGUACGAGGCUACAGCCGCAUGUACGACAGCACCGCCGAGGGACCGGGGAUGUGGUACAAUAUCCUGCAAUUCCCGCUCUUCAUCACCUUCACCGACUUUUUCAUCUACUGGAUCCACCGGGCGUUGCACCAUCCGUUGAUAUACAAGAGGCUGCACAAGCCGCACCACAAGUGGAUCAUGCCGACGCCCUACGCAUCCCACGCCUUCCACCCGCUCGACGGCUACGCGCAGAGCGUGCCCUACCACGUCUUCCCCUUCAUCUUCCCGCUGCAGAAAUUCGCCUACAUCGCUCUCUUCACGUUCAUCAAUGUCUGGACCGUCAUGAUACACGAUGGGGAGUAUGUUGCUGACAGCCCGAUUAUCAACGGCGCGGCGUGCCACACGAUGCACCAUCUGUACUUCAACUACAACUACGGCCAGUUCACGACGCUGUGGGAUCGGCUGGGCGGCAGCUACCGGAAGCCGAACGAGGAGCUGUUUCGCAGGGAGACGAAGAUGGGGAAGGAGGAGUGGGGGAAGCAGGCUAGGGAAAUGGAGAGGAUUGCGAAGGAGGUCGAGGGCGAGGAUGAUAGGGUUUAUGUCAAGGAACUGGAGUCGAAGAAGGUGCAGUAA